AGCAAAAUGGUUAUUUAUUUGUACCUAACUAUCUCUCUUUCUUUCUGUGCCUCCAUGACAUCGCUUUAAUGCUUGCAGAGAAGGGUGGUGUUUGUUUUCUUCUCAUUAUUAUUAUUUAUACCAUUUUUCUUUUGAUUUUCCAUUUUCUAUCUUCCAUGGCUACACCUUUCAAUAUGCAGCAUCAACUGUUUCAUCACUUGUACAUGAAAUUGGGAUUUAUGGAUCUCAACUUCUUGCUUCGCUGCUUCUCCCCCAUCAUUCGGCGAUUUUGAGCAGCAAUUCGUGACGUCACUCUACAGCUCUGCUCUUGGCCCGUCGCUGCUUCAUAGAUGUCUGUGGUGUGCCUCAAGUUGCCGUGCAGACUAGAGAUGGUGCUUUGAUGAACUUGAAAUUGAUGUGAGCAUGUUGUCUCAUCGUUUUCUUCUGCUGUCGAGCAAUGCAUGUAGAAAAGAGAAGAAGACCAGGGCCAAGACGAGGCAGCAGCAUUUGUUGUUGUUGUGGUUCUGCCUCUGAGUGGGAACUUAAGGAAGCAGGUAUAGCCGUGUCAACUUUCCUUCAAGGAUUAAGGGGUGUCAGAGGAGGAGUCCUCAUCCAUCGCAUCCAACUCAGGGAUUUGGACCAACACUCGCCUCCUUGGGCUUCAGGGAAAAGCUUCUUCACAUUGCCUCCCUCAAAGGUGACAAUGGAAAACUCCCUUACUUUGAGAGUCUCGGCUUUCCCUCAUGCACAAGGUUGCAUCCAUCAAGGACCUCUUCUUCUUGAAGCCAGGCGUGGAGGCUUAAAUGUCUUGCUCUUUGACAUUUGAUUGAUUCCUUUCCUCGUUUGCUUUCACUCUCACUGGAUAACCACAUCAUUCCUAUUAUCGAUUUUCUCCACAAUAUUGGAGUCCCCAGAGUUCACAUCACAACCAUAAUACUCUCUUUUCCGCCUAUUCUGUUCUCGAAUAUUCAACUCCUUAAAGCUAGACUCCUCGCCUUGAAACAGAUUCAUGUGGUGGAUAAAGAUUAUAUCAAGUUGUUGAUCAGAUAUCCUUGGGUUCUAUCUACAAGCAUUCAAGAGAAUUAUGAGGAGGUUCAUGGAUUUUUUCUUUCUGAGAAGGUUAGAAAGAUAUGUAUUGACUCUGCAAUCAGAGGCCAACCAUACCUGUUGGGUUGUUCAACAAGCAAGCUGAAGUCGAUGCUGGAUCAAUUGGCUGAUCUUGGAGUUAAGGGAAAUAAGUUAGAUAGGGUUAUUGCUAGAAGCCCGCAGCUACUAUUGCAGAAGCCCAGAGAUUUUCUACAGGUUGUUCUGUUCUUUGAAAAUAUGGGCUUGGAUAGAGAAAUUGUUGGGAAAUUCUUUCUCGCUGCCAGCAUCAAUAAAACUCUUAAGAGGAAGAUUGAAUUCCUUUCUGAUCUUCCUGGGGUAAUCAGAAAGUAUCCGGAAUUACUUGCUGAUGUACCUGAUGAAGUUAGGACUUUCGGAGAAAGAGAUUGGGUUUAUGUUGCGCACGUUUUCUCCGCUCCUCGGGUACAGUAUAGAGGAGGUUUUGAGGUGAAGUCGAUGGAGAGGCCGGUACGAGAAGUUGUCGAUUACCCUCGGUAUUUUAGCUAUUCAUUAGAAAAGAAGAUAAAGCCAAGAUACUUUGUACUCAAGGGAAGGCACAUUGAAUGUAGCUUAAAGGAUAUGCUGGGAAAAAAUUAUGAGGAAUUUGCUGCAGAAUUUAUGGGUGUGGGUCUUGGAGGGAUGCUUGACCCUCCUCUCUGUUCUGAGAAUGUGUUGGAUUGUUGAGUAUUACAAAGGAUAAGAAGGUAGAGCUUCUUACCGAUGAGGUUGAUGGAUUGAAAUUCAAAUUAACGGAUGGUGUUGAUAUAGCAAAAGAUGGUACCAUUUAUUUCACAGAUGCUUCAUACAAGUACUUAUUAAAGGACCGCUUCUUAGACUUGUUGGAGGGUAAGCCUCAUGGUAGAUUCAUGAGUUAUGAUCCAACAGCAAAGAAAACAGAAGUGCUUGUCCAU